AUGACGACAGCCGAGGGAUUGCUGUACGCCGAUCAUUUUUGGGGUGAAAAGCAUCAUGGUUUCCAGGUAUUGCAAGAAAACCUGAAAAAGAGCGAAGACACGGUGAACGAGGUCGCUCAAUUUGUAAAAGAACGACUUUCAAUUGAAGAUGAAUAUGUGAAAGGGCUCAAUAGAAGUGUAAAUAAGAUAUCAAAUUAUAUCCAUAAUAACUCAAAUAUUGAACAAAUAUGGAAUUUGACGAAGGGGACGAUGGAGUUGCUCGCCGAGAUUCAUCUCAUGCUUGUGAAGAAUUUGCAGGAUCUCUCGAAAGACGUUUUCAAGUACAAGGAUGAUAUUGUGAAAGGAAGGAAGGAAUUGAAGCAGACUAGUGUUGCUGAGGCGGUCAAUCUUAUGCAAACUACUACGACAUGUCUUCAAAAAGCGAAGGAAACGUAUCAUCAUAGAUGUGGCGAAUUGGAAAAAGCGAAAAAGGAAAAUAGCACACAAACGAAGGAGAUUGCAAAGCUUGAAAAUAAAGUUGCCCGCGCUCGUGAUGAAUAUAAAGGUUAUGUGGAUAAAUACGAGGUUGUUCGUGAAGAUUUUGAAUCCAAAAUGGAAGAAAGCUGCAAAAAAUUCCAGACUUUUGAUAGGUCUCUUUAUGCAUCAAUACAACAAUUUAUGCUUCUCUAUGCCACGCAUAGUAAUGAAAUGUGUCAAGCUUCGUUACAAGUCUCUGAACAAUUUCGAGAAGCACUCCAACGUUUGAACGCUGAUGAAUUUGUGCGGAAAUUCAUCAAGCAGAAGAGCACGGGAUGCUCAAAGCCACCACAUGAGGUUUUCGAAGAACUUGAGAGUGCAAGCCCGCCAAUGUUGGUCAAGGAAUUUUCAGAUGUUUUGUUAGGCAAUUCGAUGCCGUCUUCUUGUUCCUCGUCGGGUGUUGUUCAGGAGUUUUCGCAGCCACCGCCUUCCCAGGCCCAGUGUGAUCUACUUAUGAUGGACACGAUUGGUGAACACACCAGCGAGGAAGUCAAUGAUGAUAACGAGAUUAAGAAAGAUACCAACAAUUCUUGUGAUGAAUCGGCGGCUUUGGAAAAGAAAUCUUCGUUUAUCUCAAGUGGUCCGGCUGCGAAGAAAAUUUCAAUGUUCAUGUCAAAACGGAAGAAGACGAUUUCAACUAGUAGUAUUGAUGAGCCAACAGCUCCUGAGAGUUUCAGCUCAUCUGGAUUGUUCAAGUUCUCCAGAGAAAAGAGGAGAUCGAAGAAGGAUAGCGAAAACUUAAGAGCGUCAGUUUGUAUGGAUGAUGCUCAAAGCACGGCUAGUAGCUCGAAAAGCGAUGAAAAGGUGCUGAAUGGUGCAAAUAUUCAUCCGUUGGAUGCUCCAAUUGAGCAGCCUCAUGAACCGGCGGUUGAUGAAGAAGGAUAUGUGAUUCGUGAUGAGACCAGCGAACAAAGGGAAGACACCAAUUGGUCGAGCUGCUCUAGCGAUGAGGAGGAUGAAAACGAUUUACAGCAAUCGAAGAUUAGAAGCUUGACCAUUCGUCCAGCUGAUAUGCCAGUGCAUAUAAACGCGUCGGUUGACGAGCUCAGAGAUGCAAUUGGUAGCAUUACUUUAACAAGAAGCACCACCUUUGACAGGGACCCUUGGACUAUUGGUGGAUCCAGAGCCCCUCCAUUAUUCUCGCAAUCUAUGAAUAUGACCUCACUUCGCCAACCAUUGCGAUCCCAUCAUACCGCUGAUGGAAGAUUUAGAACAAGCUUCGCAGACGUUGAUAAUGAGUUUGAUAACAACACUCCACCGCCAUUUUCGGUUUCAAUGGGACAUCACACCGGAAUGGGAGUGAUUGGAAGAGCACGACCUAGAAGCAAUACUCCGACAACGAGUCAGAUGGCGCCGACGCUCGCGACGCAGUCGAGAAAGGAUAGUUUCAACGAUCCGUGGUCAUCGUCGUUUAAUUUGGCUCCGAGUGGCUCGAAUUACUCAUUAGGAGAGUCGUCGUUCAAUUUGUCGCAAUCGACGGGAAAUUUGCUACAAGCGACGAUAAGCGAACAGAGAGUCCCUGUGGCAAUGGCGGUCAACGAAUAUUCACAUGUUUGGUUCAAAAAGGCCGACUUGACACAAUGUGUACAAAGAACAUUUGGAACAGUUAUGAUAUCAUUUGCGGCGUCAUCGAUCGCUCUUCUGACUUCGGUUCAAAAUGAGUUUGAACCCUUGGCAUUCCAGUUGCAGAACACCCAACAUAUAAAAGUUGUUCUGCCGAAUAAGCAGCUCAUUGAUGAACAACGUAGUUCGAAAUCGGAUGAUGGAAUCUACGUGUUUUAUUUUAACAAGGCCAACCUUGCUAAUUGGCUAUCUGCUCAGCAGAUAGCUAAACCUGAUUCGGUGUUCCAUAAUGCGGAAGUUGCUAGAUAUGAGCUUGACGCGGAAGCUCCUGGCAAUGUUCAACCUCCGCUUCAUCUCACAGCUUAUUGGAAAUUUGAAACUGGGCACACAGAUGUCCGUGUUGAUUAUCGUCUCAACACCGAAUGCCCCAUUAAUGUUCCCUUGUUAAACGUGACAUUCAGCACUACGAUUAGUGGUGCGAUCGCCAGCUGCACUUCGGACCCACCUGCUAAAUGGAGUGAAGAGACGUCGAAUUUGUCGUGGAGUAUUCUUGAAAUUUCGAGAAACGGCGAAACGUCGGGCUCAUUGAAAACAAGAGCGUUUCUAAAAAAUACAGGAAAUGAAGUAAGCUUUGAGAUGAUUGACCGAAAACCGGCGCAAGUUCAUGCCCAAUUCCAGUGUCACGACACAAGCCUCUCCGGUGUUGAAGUUUCAUUGGUCCAGUCAGACAUCUACCAUCUAUCGAUGAUCCGAAAAAAGGUUCUUGCUGGAAAAUAUUUCUGUGAUCCUGAACUACCUUCCUGCACUUCGACUCUUUUCUUCAUCAAGAUGACUGUUGAAUACGGUAUUGCUACAAGCAACAAGUUCGGAUUUAUGUCCGAUGAAGAGGACUUUGACGAUCCAAGAGAGCUUAUCCAAAGAGUUUCUUCGAUUGCCGCCAAGAAGAAGGACGAAAAGCCUGCGGUGAAGCCCGCCCAGCCGGCCAAGGAAGUCACUGCCACAGCUGUCAAGACUGAAACAACUCGUGGACGUGGGGGACGCGGUCGUGGACGCGGGGGAGCUGGCCGUCCGAGAGACGGAAAUGAUGGAGACCGUUUCGGCGAGAACCGUCGUGGAGGUGGACCCCGCAGAGGCGGAGAUCGUGGAGAGCGUGGAUCUGGACGUCCAGCCCGUGGACGUGGAGGCCAUGCCCAAAAUGCUGUAAGCGAUGACUCAAAGGAAAAUUCGUUCGAGGACGGAGAGGUUAACGGGCGCCCAAGGCGUGGAAGAGGAGGUUUCUCUCUUGGAGGGCCUGCUGGAGGACGCGGAGGUGGCGGUGCUCGGGGACGUGGAAGACAAUUCGAACGUCAUAGCGGAUCCGAUCGCGCCGGUGUCCGCGCUUUCGAAAAGAAGGAUGGUCAUGGAAAGGGCAAUUGGGGAGACCAGAAGGACGAGCUUAUUGGUGAGACUGAGAACAUCGCUCCAGUCGAAGAUGCUGAGCCAGAGGCUCCACGUGAGAAGACCGCCGAGGAACUCGCUCGCGAAGCCGAAGAAGCCGAGCUUGCCAAGCAAAAGACCUUGAAAGAAUUCAAAGCUCAACAAGCUGCUGAAACCCCGAAGUUCAACAUCCGUAAGGCUGGUGAGGGAGCCAGCGAAAACUUCGGAAAACUUGUUCCUAUCAAGAAGGAAAUCAUUCCUGACAGAGAGGAAGAUGAGGUUGUUGUCAUUCGCAAGGAACCAAGAAAACAAAUCCUCGACAUCGACAUCAAGUUUGCUGAGAACAGCCGUGGAGGAUUCCGCAACGAGCGCGGAAAUGAUCGUGGAAAUGACCGACCACAGCGUGGUGGCGGUGGUGGACGCGGAGGAAGAGGUGCUGGUGGCGGGCGUGGCGGCCGCGGUGGAAACCGUUCCCAUGCCCCGAACUUUGACGCUUCUUCUGAAGCUUUCCCAGCUCUUGGCUCCAAGUAA